AUGGUAAUACUGAAUGCUGAACAACGAGAAGCUGUUGUUCGGAAUGGUUUGUAUAAUCCGGAACUGGAAAAAGAUUCAUGUGGUGUUGGCUUCGUUGCAUCUGUUCGCGGUAUUGCUACUCAUCAGAUUUUGAAAGAUGGGCGAACAAUGCUGGAGCGGUUGGCACAUCGUGGAGCGUGCGCAUGCGAUAACGAUUCCGGUGAUGGGGCUGGCGUGAUGACUGUUAUUCCAGAUGCACUUUAUCGAAAAGAACUUAAGAACAGCGAAGAGGCGAUUGAAUUACCUGCAGUUGGAGAAUACGCAACUGGUCUGCUAUUCUUGAAUAAUGAGUCGUGUGAACAAGCAAUGGAGGCAUUCACUGAUUUAGCGAAAGGAUGUAAUUUGAAAGUUAUUGCUUGGCGUAAAUUACGAACAAAUGUGAAAGAAAUUGGGGCUGAAGCUCGGAAAACAGAGCCUUGCAUACGACAGGUAUUUGUAACGGCACCAUAUGCUGGCACGGAUACGGGAUUGUUUGAGCGUAACGUUUAUAUCCUGAGAAAGCAGGUCGUGGUGCAGUUGGCCAAGCAGAAGAUUGAAUGCUACGUUGUAUCGCUUAGCACUUCAACAAUUGUUUAUAAAGUAAAUACAAGCAUUUUGUUAUCAUUCUCUCAGCCUAGUUAUUGUAACUGA